AUGAAUGAAUUAUAUCCAAUUGAUGAUUAUACAACAUUACAAACAAUGAAUACAUGUAAAUGUUAUACACCAUCAUCUAUAAAAUCUACUACAUAUAAUGUAAAUCAUAAUUUCAAUGAUUCUAUUAUAAUACAACCUAUAAAACAUAAUACAUUACAAUUCAAUCAAUUGACUACUACUACUACUACUACUAAUAAUAAUAAUAAUAGUAAUAAUAAUCCUAUUUCAUAUUAUACAAGUUUAUCACCAAAAUUAAAGUCUGAUCAUUUCAUUGAAAAACGUAAAGUAAGAAUUAUGUCAAUGGAUGAGAAUAUUGAUCAUGAAAUAGAGAAAAAUUCUCCUUCUGAAUAUUUAACAACUUGA